UCCUCUCAGAUCCUAUCUUCCUGCAGUCAUGAGUUCAGAUGCAGAGAUGGCUAUUUUCGGAGAGGCUGCUCCCUACCUCCGGAAACCAGAGAAGGAGAGGAUAGAGGCUCAGAACCGUCCAUUCGACUCUAAGAAAGCCUGCUUUGCUGUGGAUGAUAAAGAAAUGUACGUGAAAGGCAUGAUCCAGAGCAGGGAAAAUGACAAAGUCAUUGUGAAGACCCUAGACGACCGGGAGCUCACUCUGAACAGUGACCAGGUGUUCCCCAUGAACCCCCCUAAGUUUGACAAGAUCGAGGACAUGGCCAUGAUGACCCACCUGCAUGAGCCCGCUGUGCUGUACAACCUCAAGGAGCGCUACGCAGCCUGGAUGAUCUAUACCUACUCGGGCCUCUUCUGCGUCACCGUCAACCCCUACAAGUGGCUGCCGGUGUACAACCCCGAGGUGGUGGCCGCCUACCGAGGCAAAAAGCGCCAGGAGGCCCCGCCCCACAUCUUCUCCAUCUCUGACAACGCCUACCAGUUCAUGCUGACGGAUCGAGACAACCAGUCCAUCCUGAUCACUGGAGAAUCCGGGGCCGGGAAGACUGUGAACACGAAGCGUGUCAUCCAGUACUUUGCGACAAUUGCAGUCACCGGGGACAAGAAAAAAGAGCAGCAGCCCGGCAAGAUGCAGGGAACGCUGGAGGAUCAGAUCAUCCAAGCCAACCCCCUGCUGGAGGCCUUUGGAAAUGCCAAGACUGUGAGGAAUGACAACUCCUCCAGAUUUGGGAAGUUCAUUCGGAUUCACUUUGGAGCCACAGGAAAGCUGGCAUCAGCAGACAUUGAAACCUAUCUCCUGGAAAAGUCCAGAGUGACAUUUCAGUUAUCCAGUGAAAGAAGCUACCACAUUUUUUAUCAAAUCAUGUCAAACAAGAAGCCAGAACUAAUUGACUUGCUCCUGAUUUCCACCAACCCCUUUGACUUUCCCUUCGUGAGCCAAGGAGAGGUCACAGUGGCCAGCAUCGAUGACAGCGAGGAAUUGUUAGCAACCGAUAAUGCCAUUGACAUCCUGGGUUUUAGCCCAGAAGAGAAAGUUGGGAUCUACAAGCUGACAGGAGCUGUGAUGCAUUAUGGGAACAUGAAGUUCAAACAGAAGCAGAGAGAGGAACAGGCAGAGCCGGAUGGCACCGAAGUGGCUGACAAAGCUGGGUACCUGAUGGGACUGAAUUCUGCAGAGAUGUUGAAAGGUCUGUGCUGUCCAAGAGUGAAGGUCGGAAACGAGUAUGUCACCAAAGGACAGAAUGUCCAGCAGGUGACCAACUCCGUGGGCGCCCUGGCCAAGGCCGUCUACGAGAAGAUGUUCCUGUGGAUGGUCACCCGCAUCAACCAGCAGCUGGACACCAAGCAGCCCAGGCAGUACUUCAUUGGGGUCUUGGACAUCGCUGGCUUUGAGAUCUUUGAUUUCAACAGCCUGGAGCAGCUGUGCAUCAACUUCACCAAUGAGAAGCUGCAGCAGUUUUUCAAUCACCACAUGUUCGUGCUCGAGCAGGAGGAGUACAAGAAGGAAGGCAUCGAGUGGGAGUUCAUCGACUUCGGGAUGGACCUGGCUGCCUGCAUUGAGCUCAUUGAGAAGCCGAUGGGCAUCUUCUCCAUCCUGGAAGAGGAGUGCAUGUUCCCCAAGGCGACAGACACCUCCUUCAAGAACAAGCUGUACGACCAGCACCUGGGGAAGUCCAACAACUUCCAGAAGCCCAAACCCGCCAAAGGCAAGGCUGAGGCCCACUUCUCCCUGGUGCACUAUGCGGGUACCGUGGAUUACAACAUCGCAGGCUGGCUGGACAAGAACAAGGACCCCUUGAAUGAGACCGUGGUGGGGCUGUACCAGAAGUCCUCCCUGAAGCUGUUGUCCUUCCUCUUUUCCAACUACGCAGGCGCAGAAGCAGGUGACUCAGCAGGAGGCAAGAAGGGCGGCAAGAAGAAGGGCUCCUCCUUCCAGACCGUGUCGGCGGUGUUCAGGGAAAAUUUAAACAAAUUGAUGACCAAUUUAAGGAGCACCCAUCCUCACUUUGUGCGAUGCCUGAUUCCCAAUGAAACCAAGACUCCUGGUGUGAUGGACCACUACUUGGUCAUGCACCAAUUGCGCUGUAACGGGGUCCUGGAGGGCAUCCGGAUCUGCAGGAAAGGGUUCCCCAGCCGAAUCCUCUACGCUGACUUCAAACAGCGGUAUCGGAUCCUGAAUGCCAGUGCCAUCCCCGAAGGGCAGUUCAUCGACAGCAAGAACGCCUCUGAGAAGCUCCUGAACUCCAUUGACGUGGACCGAGAGCAGUUCCGGUUUGGCCACACCAAGGUAUUUUUCAAAGCUGGGCUCCUGGGGCUUCUGGAAGAGAUGAGAGACGAGAAGCUGGUGACCCUGAUGACACGCACGCAGGCCGUGUGCAGGGGCUACCUGAUGAGGGUGGAGUUCAAGAAAAUGAUGGAGAGGAGGGAGUCCAUCUUCUGCAUCCAAUACAAUGUGCGCUCCUUCAUGAACGUCAAGCACUGGCCCUGGAUGAACCUCUUCUUCAAGAUCAAGCCCCUGCUGAAGAGCGCGGAGGCUGAGAAGGAGAUGGCCACCAUGAAGGAGGACUUUGAACGAGCCAAGGAAGAGCUGGCUAGAUCUGAGGCUCGCCGGAAGGAGUUGGAGGAGAAAAUGGUCUCCCUGCUGCAGGAAAAAAAUGACCUCCAGUUGCAAGUCCAGUCGGAAACAGAAAAUCUGAUGGAUGCUGAGGAGCGGUGCGAGGGGCUCAUCAAAAGCAAGAUCCAGCUAGAGGCAAAAGUCAAGGAGCUGACGGAGAGGCUGGAGGAGGAGGAGGAGACAAAUUCCGAACUGGUCGCCAAGAAGAGGAACCUGGAAGACAAAUGCUCUUCUCUCAAGAGAGACAUCGACGACCUGGAGUUGACCCUGACUAAGGUUGAGAAGGAAAAGCAUGCCACAGAGAACAAGGUGAAGAAUCUCGCUGAGGAAAUGACAGCACUUGAAGAAAAUAUUUCCAAACUGACGAAGGAAAAGAAAUCUCUGCAGGAAGCCCAUCAGCAGACCCUGGAUGACCUUCAGGUUGAAGAAGAUAAAGUCAACGGUCUUAUCAAGAUCAACGUCAAGCUGGAACAGCAGACGGAUGACCUGGAGGGCAGCCUGGAGCAGGAGAGGAAGCUGAGGGCUGACCUGGAGCGAGUGAAGAGGAAGCUGGAAGGAGACUUGAAAAUGUGCCAGGAAUCCAUCAUGGAUCUAGAGAACGACAAGCAACAGAUAGAAGAGAAACUCAAGAAAAAGGAGUUUGAGAUGAGUCAGUUACAAACCAGAAUCGACGACGAGCAAGUCCUCAGUCUGCAGCUGCAAAAGAAGAUUAAAGAAUUGCAGGCCCGCACAGAAGAGCUGGAGGAAGAAAUUGAAGCAGAGCACACAGUCAGAGCCAAAAUUGAGAAGCAGCGUUCAGACCUGGCCAGAGAACUGGAGGAGAUCAGCGAGAGGCUAGAAGAAGCCAGUGGGGCCACUUCGGCCCAGAUCGAGAUGAACAAGAAGAGAGAGGCUGAGUUCCAGAAACUGCGCAGGGACCUGGAGGAGGCCACCCUGCAGCAUGAGGCCACAGCAGCCACCCUGAGGAAGAAGCAUGCAGACACCGUGGCCGAGCUCGGGGAACAGAUUGACAACCUGCAGCGAGUCAAGCAGAAGCUGGAGAAGGAGAAGAGUGAGCUCAAGAUGGAGAUCGAUGACAUGGCCAGUAACAUUGAGACAGUCUCCAAGUCAAAGAGUAACAUGGAAAGAAUGUGCCGGUCUGUGGAAGACCAGUUUAAUGAAAUCAAAGCCAAGGAUGACCAACAGACCCAGUUAAUCCAUGAUCUGAACAUGCAGAAGGCAAGGCUGCAGACCCAGAAUGGGGAGCUGAGCCACCAAGUAGAAGAGAAGGAGUCCCUGGUUUCACAGCUGACCAAAAGCAAGCAGGCCCUCACCCAGCAGCUAGAGGAGCUUAAGAGGCAACUGGAGGAAGAAACCAAGGCCAAGAAUGCGCUGGCCCACGCCCUGCAGUCCUCCCGCCAUGACUGUGACCUGCUGCGGGAACAGUAUGAGGAGGAGCAGGAAGGCAAAGCCGAGCUGCAGAGAGCGCUGUCCAAGGCCAACAGCGAGGUGGCCCAGUGGAGGACCAAAUAUGAGACAGAUGCCAUCCAGCGCACGGAGGAGCUGGAGGAGGCCAAGAAAAAGCUGGCCCAGAGGCUCCAGGAGGCAGAGGAGAACACUGAGGCUUCCAACUCCAAGUGUGCCUCCCUGGAGAAAACCAAGCAGAGGCUUCAGGGGGAAGUGGAUGACCUCAUGCUGGACCUGGAGAGGGCCAACACAGCCUGCGCCACCCUGGACAAGAAGCAAAGGAACUUUGACAAGGUCCUUGCAGAGUGGAAGCAAAAACUGGACGAAAGUCAAGCCGAGCUGGAAGCCGCUCAGAAGGAGUCCAGGUCUCUCAGUACUGAAAUCUUCAAGAUGAGGAACGCCUAUGAAGAGGUGGUGGAUCAGUUAGAGACGCUGAGGCGGGAGAAUAAAAACCUGCAAGAAGAGAUUUCUGACUUAACUGAGCAGAUUGCUGAAAGGGGCAAAAACCUCCAGGAAGUGGAAAAGAUGAAAAAGCAAGUGGAGCAGGAGAAGUCUGAUCUGCAGGCUGCCUUAGAAGAAGUGGAGGCAAGUGGUUCCCUGGAACACGAGGAAAGCAAGAUCUUGCGUGUCCAGCUAGAGUUAAGCCAGGUAAAAUCUGAGCUUGACCGAAAGGUCACAGAGAAGGAUGAGGAAAUCGAACAAAUAAAGAGAAACAGCCAGCGUGCUGUGGAGGCCAUGCAAAGUGUGCUGGAUGCAGAAAUUCGAAGCCGCAAUGACGCCAUGAGGCUGAAAAAGAAGAUGGAGGGUGAUCUCAAUGAGAUGGAGAUUCAGCUGAGCCAUGCCAACCGCCAGGUGGCGGAGACCCAGAAACACCUGCGCACGGUCCAGGGCCAGCUUAAGGAUUCCCAGCUGCACCUGGACGAUGCCCUGAGAAACAAUGAGGACCUCAAGGAGCAGCUAGCCAUCGUGGAGCGCAGAAACGGCCUCCUGCAGGAGGAGCUGGAGGAAAUGAAGGUGGCCUUGGAGCAGACAGAGCGGACCCGCAGGCUGUCCGAGCAGGAGCUGCUGGACUCCAGCGACCGUGUCCAGCUGCUGCACUCCCAGAACACGAGCCUGAUAAAUACCAAGAAAAAACUAGAGGCUGACUUGGCCCAGUGCCAGGCAGAGGUGGAGAACUCCAUCCAGGAGUCCAGAAAUGCAGAAGAGAAGGCCAAGAAGGCCAUCACUGAUGCCGCCAUGAUGGCGGAGGAGCUGAAGAAGGAGCAGGACACCAGCGCCCACCUGGAGCGGAUGAAGAAGAACAUGGAGCAGACGGUGAAAGACUUGCAGCAUCGCCUGGACGAGGCCGAGCAGCUGGCGCUGAAGGGCGGCAAGAAGCAGAUCCAGAAACUGGAGGCCAGGGUGCGGGAGUUGGAAAGUGAGCUGGAUGCUGAGCAGAAGAGGGGAGCUGAAGCUCUGAAGGGGGCCCACAAAUAUGAACGCAAAGUCAAAGAGAUGACUUACCAGGCCGAGGAGGACCGCAAGAACAUCCUCCGGCUCCAGGACCUGGUAGACAAGCUGCAGGCCAAAGUGAAGUCCUACAAGAGGCAGGCAGAGGAGGCUGAGGAACAAGCCAACACACAGCUGUCCAGGUGCCGAAGGGUCCAGCAUGAGCUGGAGGAGGCUGAGGAGAGGGCAGAUAUUGCUGAGUCCCAAGUCAACAAGCUAAGGGCCAAGAGCCGUGAUGUGGGAGGCCAGAAGAUGGAAGAAUGAGGCUCUCCUGAGGCUCGUUGCCAUGGGCCACCUCCGGGAGAGUGGUGGGAGAACGUGGGAAAAAUAAACUCUGUUGACUACUCAGC